UGUCCUCCUUCAAACCCUUUCCUCUUUACUGCUACCUACCAUGUUGUCUUGUUUCUUUACUCAUAGAUUUGGUGAAGUCUGGACCAAUGGAUGGUUCACAGCUACAUCGCGUGCUUGUAAAUGAGUUCUAUUAGUCAAAACUAGGAGUCAAAAGAGCGAAAAAGAGCCUAGAAAAAAAAAAAAAAAAAAAAAAAAAAGGUAGACUCGGUCGCCCAGAAACUUCACGUCUGCUGCCUUGCAGACGUGAUAGCGCGAUGGUGAUUUCAUUGUGAAAAGAAGACCGCGUGACACCCACCUUGCUGUUAUCUCAUGAAGCCACAAAUUCCAACUUUGAGGAAAGUUUUAUGCGGCCUAGCUAGGUUGAUCUCAAGCAGAACCCAUCUAUCCAACCUAUUUAUUAGAUUGAAUUAGAUUAAAAUUUUGUAAAUUUAAAUCAAAUUUAAACCUAAAAAUUUCAAAUCAAUCUGAAAUAGAAUUGGAUUAGGAUUCGUCUUCAAGCCAACUCAAAUUCCAUGCUAGUCCAGCUCAAACUCAACCCAGCCUAACUUAGCCUGGUCCGACUCAAUAUAUAAAUAAAUAGAUAAAUUAGAUUUAUUUAUUUAACUUAUGUUAUACUUUGAAUAUGAUAUAUCAUAAUUAAUGAAUUGUUGAUUCUUCGAUCCCAUAAAUUUGGCCCAAUAAAAAUAUUUGAAACCCUUCCAUCUCUAUCUUAAAAUUUCUAUUCAGUUGUAUGUUAUCUAAGUAAUGUGAUCCAACUCUGACACAACCUGAUAUGACUAGCUUGACCCAACUCGAAUUUUGUUUAAAAUAGAAAUUAAGUUAGUUUGGAUUAGAGAAAUCUCAACUUGAGUUCAGAUCGGGUUGGAUUAUAUAUAUUUGGGAGAUAUGGAGUAAAGUUAAGUUUUGCACUCAACUGACCCAACUUGCAACCUUAUUUGAAUUCAACUACUCGUGCCUCAAGUUUUUGAUUGAGUCCCCGCGGGUCUUAUCAUCCUAAUAAUAUUCUGAAUCUCUAUAGCUAUCGCAUGAUUUGGAGAGUUUCGGACUCAAAAUAGAUUCUUGCAUGAAUCCACCCAAACUCCUCCUUCCAUUCUAUAUAAAAUAUAGCCUCACGAAUGGCCGUGAGAAUUUUUUUUAGCUUCCAACCAAAAUAGCAUUGUGAUUCUUACCAUGCACAUUCCUUCUUUUCAAAUAUAAGAGAUCUGUAAGUACUGUACUGUAGCAGGAAAUAGCCUUUGAGCAUUUUAUUCCUUAUUCAACCGGGCAGAUUUAACCAAUACUGGAAAUUCAAUCUUAGCGACGUAUGUUUUUGUCUGUCGGUUUGUUUGUUUAUUGUUUUAACGAAAGAGGGUACAACCAAAACAACUGCCUGAAAUUAAAGAGCAAUCAAUGGAGCAAAGUCAGACAUCCAAAAUCUUGGUGAGUGUAUGGCUGUAGCUAUAGCAACAGAACGGUCGUCUCCUUGUUGCCCUCACGGUAGAUACGAGUGCAGCAGAAGCCUAUCAAAAUGGCGACCAUGUCACAAAGCUGCUUGUUUGUAUGCUUGUUUUCACAAAAAUGCUUUAGUAACUCAAAAAAUCACUCAGCUGGUGUUGUGUGUUCUUGUUGCAUUUUUAUUGUGCCACAUAAUGAAGCAACAUGAAUGGUGGAAGACAGCUGAGUGAUUUUUUCGAGCAAUUUUUCUGAGUUACCAAACUUUUUUUUUUCGUUGUUGUUCAAAAAAAUGGGCGUCUCCCUAUCAAAUUCAAUCAUUUCAACAAGGUAGUAGACUUCAGUAAGUCUAGAGUCUCUGAAUGCAUAACUCGAUCUAUGGGAUAUUGUAAUUCCUUUGCAAGGUCAUCUUGUUUCUAGGAUUCUUUAUAAGGAUUGUAGGAUACUGAGAUCCACUAAUAAAUCUCUCUCGAUCCUCCAUGUCACAGCACUACUCUAAUUGUUUGUUAAUUAACAGAUAGCGGCCCAUAAUGAAUGUUUUCUGUUUUCCAGCAUGACCAAGCAUUCUUUUUUAUUAGAACCAUGGUUGCCAGAUCCAAAGCCUGUUAAAUUUCAACUAUUAUGUUGUUUCUCUCAAUAAAAAAAACCCUUCAAUCUUUUGUUAGACCUUUCACCCUUUGUUAUGAGUCAUUGUAUUGCUGCACCAAUUAAUCAUUUCCCCACAAUUAAAGAGCUUCCAACCGCCAACUUUAUUGGCCUUUGUUACCAAAUUGCAGCAAAACAAAAUCUACCAUCUGGCUUUUCUUUUUGUUCUGUCUCCGAGUAAAGAGAUUCAGUUGUCAUCCCUUCAUAUAUUUUGUCUAAUGGAUUUGAUGUUUUGCCAUUUUUCUGAAAAAUAAGUACUUCACCCUAAUGGAAGAGAAGAGUGACUUCAAUGCCAUGUCACUAAAAGAGUCGGAGUGCCGUGUAUUCUUGCCACCUUAUCAGUUAUCCCCACCCAAAAAAAAAUGGUCCAAGUUGGUCUCAGGUCGCUUGCUGGUAAGUGGAAUCCGAUCUCACUUGAUGCUUAGUCCCCAUGCCCAAGGAAAGUUGCAAAAAAGGUCUCUCUUGAAUUUAUAAAAGGCCCAUCGUGGCUGUCCUUUGGAACGUAUUCCGGACCUAGGCUGUAUUGAAAAAGAUAAAUGAAAGAGAAGACAGAAAGAGAGAUAGAGAUGGAGAGAUAGAGAUAGAGAGAGAGAGAGAGAGGAGAAAAAAAUUAUAUUUUUAUUAGUAUCAACUUGAUCUCGACAUCUCACAAGAAGCCCAUACUUUGAAUAAUUUAGUGGACCUCUUGCUUUGCUUGGAUUUUAGGUGAACAUGAUAAUCCAAAUGAGUCAUGGGUCCAAAUUUGCUAGUAUUACUCGCACCAAUCUAAGUUCUCACUAAAAAAAAACUGGUUGAAAGAUAUUUUUUUUAUUCUGCAGUAUAGUAGAGGGGAAGGCAAGUGAAGUUUGGAGGACAAUCUCUGAUCCCUCUUCAUUCUUUUACGAAAAGCCAGCUGGAUGGAAUCCAACUGGUUGGUGAGGCUUCGGUCUACAAAGGGAGGAACGAUCUCUGAUCCCCAUUCGUAAUUUUUAAUAGAAAGCCAGCUAGAUAGAGUCCAGUUGGAUGGAGACGCAGGCAGGCGAGGCUUCUGCUCGCGCAUGGGGGACAAUCUCUGACCCCAAUACAUUCUUUUACGAAAAGCCCACCGGACGGAAACUCACUCGAUCGCGAGUUUUGAAAUGACGACCCAACAAGGCAUGCAUCUUGGAAAGUUGGUCUAGCUAAGCUAGCGGUCAUUUUGAACUAGGAUUAUUCUAUGCAUGGUUUGAUUUUUUUGUUCUUUUUGACUGGGGCUUCUUUACUCUUAGACUGGUUCUGCUCUCCAGUUUUUUCUUCCUUCUUCUUUUCUUUAUUUUUUUUAAAAAUUUUAAGUUUUUUUAUUUUAUUUUGUUUAUAAAUAAGACGUGCGGUGAUUGGUCACCGUUUUGUUUUGUUUUGUUUUGUUUUUAAGGUCCAUUUGGUAAUUACAAUUUGAUUAGACCGCACUAAAUAUCUCGGUUGGAAAGUUAGAACCCCCUCUGAAUUCUCCCAACAAGUUCACAAGCAAGGGGAUCGCGCAGUCACGGUUCCCGCCACCAUGAUCCUCCUACAAAACCCCCACAAAAGCCGACGGCCUGGCCUUGCUUUCAACGCUCGUACCCCUAAAUCCACCCAGUAGCACCCAUGCCUUGUAGAAUCCCCUCAUCACCUCCUCCCCUCCUCAUCUUCCUCCUCUUCCUCCUAUCCCUCCUCAUCUCCACCAACGCUUACCCUGGGAACAACCCCCCGACCCGAUUCUGUCCGAACUGGACCUGCGGCAAACAGGAUAUCACUUACCCAUUCUGGCUAGCUUCAAAUCUAUCCAGCAUCCCUUCCACCUACUGUGGGUACCCAGGAUUUGUGCUGAUAUGCCAAGAUGACACCCCAAUCCUUUCUCUCGGCCACAACAAUUAUACCGUGACCGACAUCGAUUACCACAACCAACACAUCUCCCUUGCCGACACGGAUGUCCUCGCCGACGGAACCUGCCCCAGGCCCCGGCACAACCUCACCCUCAUGGCCACCUUAUUCCUGAACUACAACACCUCGGACAUCUUCUUCCUGAACUACACCUCCAACCUGAACUGCACCCCCAACCUGAACUACACCUCCCUGGACACCGACCUCACCUUCUUUCUCGACUGCCCCGACGGUCCACCGGACCGCCGAAUAACCUGCCUUUCCGGAAGCAGCAGUAACCGGUCUUACAUCAUCACCGACGAUGAUCUGUCGGCCAUCAACGAAUACGAUUUGGUGCUGCAGUGCCAAGAUAUUGUGGUAGUGCCGGUCCUCUCUCAGGAGGUGAACAGGGGGAACUUGAGCGCUUUGGCUAGUGACUUUGGAGGGGUGUUGAAGAAAGGCUUCCAGCUGGGCUGGUCAGUCGAGACAUUGGAAGUGUGCUAUCGCUGCGAGCUCUCUGGCGGGCGCUGCGGGUACCGGACAACCAACACGAGUUUGUCCCUCGCCUGCUUUUGCUCCAACGGAGUGACCGACGGCCAUUGCGGAAGUAAGAAACAAACGAAGACGAUUAUAAUAGCAGGUGUGUCUGCUGGAGCCGGAGUCGUCCUCAUAGCGGGCGUCCUCUGCGUUCUGUGGUUUAGGUACAAGAAGAGGAAGCAGCAUUCCCCGUCCUCCAAAGACCUCAUCCGGAAUUCCUCCUUCGAGGCAUCAUCGAAGGACCCUGAAUUGGGCAGCAUCCAUUACCAGACCCAUGUCUUCACCUACGAGGAGCUCCAGGAGGCCACGAACCACUUCGAUUCCUCCAAAGAACUCGGUGACGGAGGCUUUGGCACCGUCUACAAAGGAAAGCUCCGAGACGGCCGCGUUGUUGCAGUCAAACGCUUAUACGAGAACAACUUCAAGCGGGUCGAGCAGUUCAUGAACGAGAUCGCCAUCCUGUCCGGCCUCCGCCACCAGAACCUGGUAAGCCUCUACGGCUGCACCUCCCGCCGCAGCCGCGAGCUCCUCCUCGUGUACGAGUUCGUGCCCAAUGGCACCGUCGCAGACCACCUUCACGGGCCCCGAGCGAGCGAGCGUUCUCUUACCUGGCCUAUGCGUUUGAGCAUCGCCAUCGAGACCGCGGAUGCGCUCGCCUACCUCCAUGCCGUCGAACCACCGAUCAUACAUCGCGAUGUCAAAACAAACAACAUUCUGCUCGACGGCAGCUUCCAUGUAAAAGUCGCUGAUUUCGGGCUCUCACGUCUCUUUCCCACUGAUGCCACCCAUGUGUCCACCGCUCCUCAGGGCACGCCGGGGUACCUGGACCCUGAGUACCACCAGUGCUACCAGCUCACCGAUAGAAGUGAUGUCUAUAGCUUUGGAGUGGUGCUGGUCGAGCUCAUAUCCUCGAAGCCGGCCGUCGACAUCACGCGGCGCCGGCAUGAGAUCAACUUGGCCAGCAUGGCAAUCAACAAGAUCCAGAACUGUCAGUUGGACGAGCUGGUCGACCCGGAUCUUGGGUAUCAGUCGGAUUGGGCGACAAAGAAGAUGAUAACCAUGGUCGUGGAACUGGCUUUCAGGUGCUUGCAAUCGGACGGAGAAAUGAGGCCGCCCAUUAGAGAGGUCCUCGAGGUGCUGACAGAGAUAGAGAGCGAGGGUCGCAAGACCGAGAAGGAAGGGGCGACUGAUGCCCGUGAUGAUGCUGGCUUGCUCAAGAACAUUGCACCAUUCUCACCCGACUCUGUUACCGCCAAGUGGGUGAGCAAGUCUACCACACCUAACACCAGUGAGUGAUCUAAAUUCUGAAUUGCUUCUUAAGAACUUCUUAUGUAUGAUCCGCAGAGGCUUGUAUCUCCAACUUAGCAGGCUUUGACGUGUAUGUGUAAAGGUAAUCAUAACGUUUCGCUAAUUGAGUUUGAGAUCAAGGGGGAUGUAUAUAGUAUAUAGGGCUUCUGUUGAUGCUCUGAUUAAGCCCUCAAGCUGGAUGAUUUUUGAGUUGUGAGCAUUUACAGCUUAUCUGUAUGUAUGGUGUUUUGUGGAUCAUUUUUUCCACCGUAA